AUGGAGCAAAAUUAAUUCUUCGCAUUAAAGAUUCCUUUCAUUGAGUAAGGUCUUAAUCCUUAAACAACAAAAGGAGAUACAAAGGAAAAACAAGGAAAAUCCAUCUUAACAAUUAUUGGAGUAAUUGAUGCUUCAGGCUCAAUGAGUGGAUGUUGGGAAUGGCUUUCUGAUUUUUGGAAUCAAAGCAUACCUAAAGAGAACUUAAUUACUAUAACCUUUGAUACAAGAUAAAAGAUUUCAGCAGAAGGAGUUUUAUCAAAAAGAAUUAAAGAUCAUGGAGGUGGUGGAACAGAAAUAGUUCCUGCUUUUUAAACAAUGGAAACUGAAUUACAAAAAGUUCCAAUUUAAAAUAACAUAACUAUAAUAUUUAUAAGUGAUGGACAAGACAAUAAUGUAAGAACAAUAGAUGAAAGAAUGAAGAAAUUAAGUGGUAACACUUAAAAUCGAAAUAUCAAUUUCAUCUGUUUAGGAGUUGAAUCUGGAUUUCCAACUAAUAUUUCAAUGAAUUUAAGAUAACUUUAUCAUAGAGGUGAUCCAUAGAUUCCUGCUAUUUAUUUGAUAGAACAUGCUUCUCCUCAAGCUUUUUUCAACAAAUUUGAGACUAUGAAGAAAUACUUUUAUCCAUCUUAAUAAUUAAGAUUAGAUAGAAUGAUUAAUCUUUUCCCUUAUGAUGAAGAUGUAACUGAUGAAGUUUAUGAAGGAUAAUGGAUUAUAACACAGAAAAAUUAAAUAUAAAUUAUUUAAGAAGAUAAAGAUCCAAUAAUACUAUAUCCUAUUGCUGAAUCUGAUUUAUAGGUAGAUGAUAUAGUUGAUCUAUUCCGUUCAUGGGUUUAAAAUUUAUAAAUCAGAGCAAUGAGUGGUGCUUAAUAAAUUAAAGAUAAGGCUGCUGAUGCUUUAGCCAUAAUGGAAAGAUUGGCUAAUAGAUUAAGUGAUAAAUUUAAUAUGAAUGUUUUAAAUUUUGAUUAAGCAGAAAUUGUUGAUCCUACUUAACCAUUUAAUGUUAGAGCUUAAAGAAAUUAUGUUUAUAAAUAUGGAAAUAAAUUGUUAUUCUUUAUUGAAGAAGCCAGAUAAUUAGCAAAGGGUGUUGAUAUCAAAUAGUUGGGAGAUUUUGAAGCAGCCAAAAAAUUAAAUAUUGGUACUAUUACUGGAAAGCAUUAAUAAAAAGCUUUAGCAUUAAAAGGAAUUACUGUUGAAGAAUUUAGAAAAAUGAGAGAUGAAUUUUAAGAUAUCAUUAUCAACUGCGACUUUAAAAAAGAAAAUGAAUAAGGAUAGGAAAGAUCUGUUGUGAGUCUUGAAACUUAAAGAGAUAUUGUUUCAAACUCAAAACUUGUAAUAGAAGGAUUAAAGUAUAUUAAAUCUUAAUAUGAUUUUGCUGAAACAUUCCCCUUAGUUGGUCAUGGCUUAAAAGUUAAAAGAAAUGAUGGAUGUUUUGUCAAUCCUUGGUUGGUUCAAGUAGAGAAUUUUGCCUAAUAAAACAAAGUCAUUGAUUCUGCUUAUCUUAUAAAGAAUAAUUUUAAAGUAGAACUUAAUACUGGAGGUGAAAAAAAAGAAGAAAUUAAUUGUAUCUUACCAUUAUUUCCUCCAUCAGAUAAAGAUCUUUAACCUAUAUUAAGAUCUAGAAUCAUUAAGUUAUUACUUACAUUUAUGGUUUAAUAAAAUGUAGAUACAUUUUAUGAAGAAACCUAUUUAGCUUUAUUGGCCAAUGCUUUGAUAUUUGUUUAUAAAUAACCAAGAACAAAAUGGUAAGAAGAUACUAUUAACUUAAUUUAUUCAACAACUUCUAUAGUAUAUUAAGGAACUGAAAAAUUUGAAAAUUAUUUAAAAAAGCUUUUGGAGAAUCCAACUUCUGCAUAUUUAGAAAGAGAAGAAUAAUAUGAAGAUUAUGUAGCUACUUCUAAACCAUUUAUUUCUUUGUUUUAUUUAAUGAUGACCAAAAAUAUUGUUUAAGAUUUUGAAUCUUAAAUUGAAAAAUUAAUAUUAUAUCACUUUAUUAGAGAGUAAUUCAAACAUUAAUAAUAAUUAACAUAUUAUUUAAAAUUAAAAUUAGAAAAAUAAGAUGAGGAUAGUUUAUAAAAUUAAUUAAAAUAAACCUUUGAAAAACAUGUUAGUAUUAAACAUUUUAGAUAAUCAAUAACUUAAGAAAUAGAAUAAGUCUUAUUGAGUAGAUUUGAAAAUGAUAAUACUACUGUAGAUCUUUUUGAAGAUAAAGUAUACAAUAGAGAUAUGAAACUCACUUUAGAAGUCAUUGAAAAUUUUUAUGAAUAAUUCAAAGGAAUUAAGUUUGACUAAAAGAAAUAUAUUCACUUAAUUUAUCAUAUUAUUAAGACACCAGAAAAAGAUGUAUUCACAACAAAAGUCAAUUACUAAAAUAUUAAAGAAAUCUAAAAAGAAUUGAUUUAAUAAAAUAAAGGAGAUUUAACUAAAGGAACCUAAUCCACAAAAGCUGCUUUAGAAAAAGAAUAUCUAGUUUGGUUCAUUAAAAAUCAUAUGAUGGUUAAGCCUUUAACAUUUGAAUAAUUACAAUAAGAAUGUUAAGAAAAAGGUAUAGAUGUAAAUACAAUUGCAUAUAAUGUUAAAUCUGGUUUAAGUAGUAAUUGUUGUAUGUCUAAAUAAUGUCCAUUUUAUUUAAUUGUUAAUGGAUUAGAUUAUAAAAGACAUAUUUAAACAUGGGGAAGAAAAGUUCCAUCUGGAUUUCAUUAAUAUGUUAGAGAAGAAAUUUUAAAAGGAUAAAAACUUGAAUAAAUUAUUUAGUCUGCUAAUUAAAAAUGGAAGAAAUUCCCAAAGUUAUAUUUAGGAAAUGAAGAUGUGGUUCAUUAAUAUAUUAAAAUGAUAUCAGAAUCAUUACCAUAGGAUUACUAAAUCAAAGAUUUGCCUUAAUAACAACUACUUCAUCAUCAAGUUAAGUUAACAUUCCCCAAAAAAUAGAAGGUCUAGAAAUAUGGAAACAAAAGAGGUCAACAAAGAGGAGGUAGAGGAAGAGGUGGACAAAGAGGCAGAGGAGGUCAAAGAGGAAGAGGUAGAGGAGGAAGAGGCCAAAGAAGAGGACCUUGA